AACUUAUAAUAACUGAGUUUAGUCUUUUCUAUUGGCUUCUGUCACAAUCUAUUUGCAUACUGGGUGUGUCCAACAGUUUCUGACUAACACUCAGCAUCAGUGUGUAGUGAUUCUCCCAAAAGCAAACCGGCUGCCAUAAUAAAGUUAAGUAAACUCAAUUUAUAUUCGAUCUUACAGUAUCAACUGCGUCUUUCAAAGUCAAUUGCUGAGUACAUCUGUAGAGGCAUGCCUAUCAGUCAGUGGUCUCUCACCAGGAGGUACACUACCCUAAAGCAGCCUCUCAGAGGGAAGUGGGAAGACCCAAAGUUAUAUUUUUAUAUUAAUCUGCUGUAGUCAUCAUUGGAUUCCAAACAGAACUUGGAUUAUUUGCUGAAGACAAUAUAUUUCCAGUCCGUUGGAGUCCAGGUAUCUAGUUGAGGACUUCACUGCAAACAAAGGUGACAGUGGCUAUCCGUCGGAUGGCAUGCAUGGUGGGCAAUUUGUCGAAAUUACCCUUCUGCUUCUCUUAGUCCAAUGACUUGCACCCUAUCAAAGUCUGUUAACUGGGAAAAAUGUCUUUGAAUGCAUUGUAGAGGCAUGUCCAUCAGUCAGUGAUCUCACCAGGAGGUACACUACCCUAAAGCAGCCUCUUAGAGGGCAGUGGGAAGACCCAAUGUUAUAUAUUUCAUAGUAAUCUGAUUUAUGCAUCAUUGGAUUCCAAACAGAACUUAGAUUCAUUGCUGAAGACAAUACAGUUCCAGUCCAUAGGAGUCCAAGAAUCUUGUUUUAGGACCACUGCAAGCAAAGGUGACAGUGGCCAUCUGACAGAUGGCUUACAUGGUAGGCAAAUUGUCGAAAUUACCCUUCUGCUUCUCUCAGUCCAACGAUUUGCCCCCUUUCAGAGUCUAGCAACUGGGUAAAAUGUAUUUGAAUGCAUUGUAGAGGUAUAUCUAUCAGUCAGUGAUUUCUCACCAGGAGGAACACUACCCAAAAGUAGCCUCUGAAGGCUUUUAUAGUCCUUUUUUUAGGGCAGUGGGAGAAACCCUCGCCCAAUAUUCAAUGUUCUAUCCGAUAGUCUGUUAGUGUGUGCUACUGUGAUCUGAGAUGUUCUAAAAGUGAAAGUGUGCACACUAACUCUUGUUUCCUCUCAGCUGAUUGUAAUCAGCCACAGUUUCGGUUAUGUUUAUGCAGAAUUCUGCAUGUUGUAGCUACAGCACAUGUAAAAAUAAACUGUGAUAAGAUGUUCACCACUGGAUGGAUGUCCCUCUGUCUGAUUAUCUAAGGAAUAGGAACUUCUGCCCAGUAAAAUGAGUCACAGCUAUAAAGGUCAAGGGUUUAGAUUCCUUUUAUUACAGAUGUGUGUUAGAGCACAGAAAAGAUCCUGGGAAAUGAAACUAUUGAUGUGUUUUGUAAGAGUGAAAACACACACUCAGCAGACGCCCCAGAGAGCAUGCAAAUAAUACACACUGCACAAGGAAGUAAUUAUCCUGCAGCUUCAGAAUAAACGAAACUCUGGAGAUAAAACCCAGAGCCAGGAAAGUGAAAGAAAGAGAGAGAGAGAGAGAGAGAGAGAGAGAGAGAAAGCAGAGGAACACACCAGACAACAAUCAGAAGAUACAGAUACAGCAGACCUUCAUCCACCUCAGACAUGGCCAUGGCCUCCUUCAGAUCGUCCACACCUGCCGACGCUUCUCUGCCGGACGUACCCGUGUCCGUCUCCCAGUUCCUCAAGUGUCCCAUCUGCUUAGACAAGAUGGCCGACCCAGUCACGACCACCUGCGGACACACCUUCUGCAAGCCCUGCCUGGAUCGCCACCUGUCCCUGAGCGACCUGUCGUGCCCUCUGUGUAAAAAGUACCUGCUGGCGACUCCGAGUGUGAACAUCAUCCUGAAGGCUCUGCUGGAGGAGUACGAGAAAGCCCAGAAGCCACGUCCUGAAGACUUGCUGGCGGCUCCAGGUGAGGUGGCUUGUGAAAUCUGCCCUGAGAACCGAAAGCGCAGAGCGGAGAAGUCCUGCCUGAUGUGCCUGCUGUCGUUCUGCGGCAGUCACCUGAAGAGACACCAGAACAAGCUGCGGCUGAAGGGCCACAAGCUGGUGGCGCCGGUGGAGAAGCUGGACGACUGGGCCUGCCUGACUCACGGACGUCCCCUGGAACUCUACUGGGCCAAGGAGGACAAGUGCAUCUGCAGCCUGUGUGUAGACGAAGCGACGGACGUGGUAUCUGUGGAAACAGAAAGGGACAGGAGGGAGGUAGAGCUGGGUGGUAUUAUAAAAGAGCUGGAGGAGAGGAUCCAGCAGAGGGAGGAGAAGGUGAAGGACCUGCAGCACUCGGCUGAGAACUGUCUGGCUCUGAUAGAGAGAGAGGAGGAGGAGAUAAAGGAGGUGUUUGAUGGAGUGAGGAAGGUGGUGGCGAAGGCGGAGGAGGAGGCGCUCAGCCCUUUGAUUGACAGGAGGCGGGAGGUGGAGCGGGAGAUGGAGAGGUUUAAAGAAGAGCUGCAGGAGGAGAUCAGCACCUUCAGCCAGACCAUCAGUGACCUUACCAAGAUCUCCCAGGAAGAAGAUAACCUGCUCUUCCUGCAGAAUUACCCAUCUGUUCCAGUAUCAGACAGUGGGAAAGACUGGACUGAUGUUACUGUAGAUACAGAUCUGACCUUCGGCACCAUGAAGAACAUACACACGUCCAUGAUGGUGGACAUCGAGACUGAGCUGGAGAAGCUGUGCUGUGUUGAAAUCGAGAGGAUUAAGAAGUUUGAAGUGGAUGUAACUCUGGACCCGGACACUGCUAACCCCCAGCUGAUGGUGUCUGAAGACGCCAAAGAGGUCCGAAGCUCAGGAGAUAAGCAGGACGUCCCUGAACACCCGGACAGGUUCGACGUCUUUGGCAGCAUCUUGGGUCAGAACCGGCUGACGGACGGCAGGGCCUUCUGGGUGGUGGACGUCGGAGACAAGCAAGGCUGGGACAUCGGGUUGGCAAGACAGGAUGCCAACAGGAAGGGGGCGCUGUCCAUCAAACCUAGCCAAGGCUACUGGGCCAUCGUGCUCUAUAACGGAGAUAAGUACGCUGCUCUGGAGGACCCGCCCACCCCGCUGUCCCUCCAAGAGAAGCCCCAGAGGGUGGGCGUGUUUGUGGACUACCUGGAGGGGCUGGUCUCCUUCUACGACGCUGACGCCAAGAGUCACAUUUACUCGUUUACUGACUGCGUUUUUAACGAAGCGAUCCGCCCGUACUUCAGCCCUCAUUUCAACCAGGGAGACAAAAACUCAAGCCCAUUGGUCAUUUGCCCUGUCAAUCACAGUGACUGAUAUUAAUACUCUAUGGUUAAGGUCUUUUAAUAUAUAUGUGUAUAAAAUAUACACUAUAUUGUAUAGUCAUCCAGUAGCUGUAGUGCUGUAUGAUCCAGACAAGAGACUUUUUUAAUUUUCUUAUCUUAUUAAAGACUUUAUUACUGCACUUCUUCACCUGUCUGACAUCUAAUUCUUCUCUUCUCUGCUGAAACUGAGACUUAAUCCUUAAUCAUGUUAAGCUAAAGAGCUAAAGGCUAAAGCUGCUGUUUCCAUGUGGGUCAGCCAGACGUCUUUCUGUAGCAGUUUUCUCCAGUGUCUUAGAGACUUUGUAAAUAUAUAUUUUUUAUAUAUUCUAGCUUUAUUUUCUUCACUUUUUUUCUUUAAAAGCCCUGUCAGUUUACUGCUAACCUUGGUACAAAAUCCAGUGAAUUAAACGGUACAAUUUCAGGUUAUUCUCCGGACCUGAAAAGCUUAAAUAAGUACAUGUUCUAAAACAUUUGAUUGGUAACUGCAGAUAAAAAUAUGUACCAUAACUAUACAAAUCGUCUGAACCCGAAUUGCAUGGAUUAUUGUGAAUAAUUUAUUUCUUUAUUGAUUAAAAGUUGAAUAUGGGAUUUAAAGAUCUGACUAAUAGCACAUCUAAUCAAUAAUAAUCAAUAAGAUAUUGCUGAUUUAUCCUUAGAAUAAUUAUAUUAGAAGCUUCACAGGUGAUAUCACUGGGCGUAGGUCACAUGGUUUAUAAUAUAUAUGUAGUGUAGUUUUAUAUUAGUGGGAACAGAUCAGAGUUGAUCAUCAGGAUAUUUAAUUUAAUUUUUGAACACACUUUCUAAUUUCAAAAAGUAUAUCUGUACACAUCUGUAUGUGUCUCUUCUUUAUAUAUAUUUUUUUUGACAAAAUGAAAAUCUAAUUAAACUAUAUAAUAAUCA